GUAAUUUUUCUUUCUGCGUAUACAUUUUCGAAUUGUCGUUGGUAAUUAAGGCAAGCGACGACUCGCUGCCAAUUGCAGCCAACUACAAUGCGUAAUAAUGUGCCAAAAUCCUUGCUGGUGACAACGCCAGGUGGUGGCACCAUAGACAGUGCAGUCUCGACACAGCGCCACAACAGCUUGGAGGACAUAAACCUGGAUCAGUUUCUAAAGACCAUCAACUAUGAGGACACUGUUAAGCAGCUGGACAUUUACUAUGGCAUUGUUAAACGUCAGCUGUUACGCUAUCAGAGCCCCAUCACUGGUCUUUUUCCGGUGAUGAGCACAGAUCAGGUGGUGGGCUCGGUGCGCGAUAGUGUUUACUGUGCUGCCGCUGUAUGGAGCUUAUACCAAGCUUACAGACGCAUUGAUGAUGACCGCGGCAAGUCCUACGAGCUCGGCCAGAGCACAGUCAAGUGUAUGCGCGGCAUUUUGGAAUGCUGGGUGAAGCAAGCUGCACGCGUUGAGCUCUUCAAGCAGCGUCAAUCCAAUCAGCAUGCACUGCACAGCAAAUUUCAAUUGCAUACGGGCGAAAAGAUUUAUCCAGAUGAGUUCUAUAAUCAUUUGCAAAUUGAUUGCGUGUCCUUAUAUUUGCUUUAUCUGGUGCAGAUGAUUACCUCAGGCUUGCAGAUUAUCUACACACAUGAUGAGGUGGCUUUUGUGCAGAAUCUAGUGUAUUAUGUGGAGCGUGCCUAUCGCACGCCCGACUUUGGCAUGUGGGAACGUGGCUCCAAGUAUAAUAAUGGCACACCAGAGAUACAUGCCUCCUCUAUAGGCAUGGCCAAGUCUGCCCUGGAGGCUAUUAAUGGCUGCAACUUGUUUGGCGAAAAGGGCGCAUCCUGGAGCGUCGUUUAUGUGGACAUUGAUGCGCACAAUCGCAAUCGUAGCAUAUUCGAAACUAUGCUGCCGCGUGAAUCCAGCUCCAAGGGCGUGGAUGCUUCACUGCUGCUUACACUCUCAUUUCCAGCCUUUGCCUCCCAUGAGGAUCGCCUGGUGGAGCAAACCAAACAGAAUGUGGUGAAUCGCUUGCGCAGCAAAAUGGGCUUUAAGCGUUUUACUCGCGAUGGCUUUCUAAGCAAGGCGGAAGACAAGACACGUCGCUAUUAUCAGGCAGGCGAGUUGAAGGAGUUUGAGGGCUUGGAAUGCGAGUGGCCGCUUUUCUUCAUCACCAUGAUUAUCGAUGGUGUAUUCAAGAACAACAACGAACAGAUUGAAGAGUACCAAAACGAUUUGCGUCGCUGUCUGCAUACCGAUGCCAAUGGUGAUCCUGUCGUCACCAUGUAUUACGCCCCAGAUGACGAUGGUUCCUAUAUGCGUGCGCCCUCGCAGUCGCUGUUUCUGUGGGGUCAAUCUUUUUUCAUCAUAGCCCAGCUGCUCACCGCUGGAUUGUUGCACAUUAACGAACUGGAUCCCAUACGUCGCUAUUUGCCCAGCUACAAUCGUCCCAGACGUGCUGGUCGCUACUCGGCAUUUCAGGCUAAACCGGGCACUGGCACCGCCACAGAUUUGGUGGUGCAGAUUGUGUUGAUUGCGGAGUCGAUGCGUCUGCAGGCCAUGAUGGCCACCUACGGCAUACAAACUCAGACACCACAUGAGGUGGAACCUGUGCAAAUCUGGAGCUCUACCGAGCUUAUUAAAGUUUAUCAGCAUCUAGGCGUUAACAACAAGGUCGGGCUCUCAGGACGUCCCUCUCGCCCGGUGGGCUCAUUGGGCACGAGCAAAGUUUAUCGCAUUUGCGGCAUGACCGUGCUCUGUUAUCCACUGAUCUUUGAAGUCUCGGACUUUUAUUUAUAUCGCGAUAUGGCGCUGCUUAUUGAUGACAUCAAGACAGAGCUGCAAUUUGUGGGCAAAUACUGGCGUUUGUCGGGCAGACCGACAGUCUGUCUGCUCAUACGCGAGGAGCACAUGCGUGAUCCGCAGUUUAAGGAGAUGCUCGAUCUGUUGGCCAUGCUUAAGAAGGGCUACUGCGAUGGCAUGAAGGUGCGCAUUGGACGGCUGCAGAAUCUUAUAAGCAGCAGCUGCAUGGAGCAUUUGGAUUUUAUGAACCAAAGCGAUCUAACUGACAAUGAGAAUGCUUUCUCGCAAAUUAAUCAUGAAUAUAUAGGCUAUCAAUCUCUGACAGAUGUGCCCAAGGCACUUACCUAUGUGGAGGAAAAAGUCUCCGUUGCACACUUUGACAGCAAGCCCACGCCGGAUAUUAUCAAUGCCUUGCGCAACACCGAGUCCAUCUACUGCCUGUGCCAGCUCUGGGGCAUACUGCUGAAUCGUGAAGGUGGCAACUUUGAGAUCAAUGGCCUGAAUGUGAACACAGCUCUAACGCAGCUUUAUCAUCGUGCUGGCUCGUUGCGUUACUGGCGCGCAGUGCGCUAUUGUUCAUCGUUGUUGCACCACAUUGUGGACUCAAUCAGCCCGUUUAUUACCACUGUGCUGGUGAAUGGCAAGGAGCUAACCGUUGGCAUUAUUGGCCAAAAGGAGACCGUUUUCGACAAGCCCAUGACACCGGCUGAAAUACAAAAUGUCAUGUACACCAGCGUGCAGCCUUAUGAUGUUAUUCAAGCUGUGCUCCAGCAGGAAGUUGUUUUGUAUUGUGGUCGGCUUAUUGCUACCAACCCGUCCAUGUUUCGUGGCAUAUUGAAAAUACGCAUUGGCUGGGUGCUCGAGGCUAUGCGCAUCUAUCGUCAGAUCUCUGGCCAGCAAAGCAUCGAUGUGGAUAAUCUUUCGCCUUUCCAAGUGCGCAUAUUGCUGCAAAAGGUGCUCACUGUUAGCGAAUGGGCGGCUGAGGAGAAAUUGACAACGCUGCAGCGACGCCAAUUGGAGGGUUGUCUAUGCCGUGUGCCCAAACACUUUUACAACAAAAUCUGGGAAAUACUGCAACGCACACCGCAGGGCAUCUUAACGCAAGGACAUCAUCUGCCUGCCACGCCCACACUAACCAGCAUGAGUCGCGGUGAAUUGACAUUCAAUUUACUGGUAGAGGAAACGCUUAUAUGCAUUGACCGUCCCGAUAGACGACAAAUUACUGUAGAGUUACUUUGCAUAGUGGCCACCAUACUAAAUCGUAAUCCUGAGCUGCAUUUUAAGCAAGCGCUUGAUUUGGAUGCCAUUAUAGCCGAGGCCUUUGCCAUGUACUGCAAGGAUACUCAACAACCGCCACAGGACGAUCUAACAGCCUUCUAUUCGCUGCCCUAUUCUGAAACUACAGGCUAUUUGGCACGCGCCGCUGUCAAUAAAGUGCUACAAGGUGGUGUCUUCUCCACAGCAGAGGAUGAUGUCCAAUUGGAUGGCGAUCAUUUGCAUGAUGACAACUGCAAGGUGUCCUAAAGUCAGCUUUUGUACAUAUCCCAGGCAAACCCACCUUCAGUGCUGACCAAAAAUAUUAUAACACUAUCCAAAGUAACUCGAAUUUCUUAGCUCAUUCAAUUUUACAUUUUGUGUGCACACUUCUCUAUUACUAUUUGUCUGUUUAGUUGUUAAAUAAAUGUUAUAAAGUGAACUAUUGCAACAUUAAAUAGAUUCUAUCCAAAGAUAA